AUGCCCCGGCGGAGCGCCUGCCUGCCCCCGCUCCUGUGCACUUUAGCCGCCUGCAGCCUCCCGCUGCUGCUGCUGGCCGCCGAGCUCAAGUCCAAAAACUGCUCCGAAGUCAGGCGGCUCUACGUCGCCAAGGGCUUCAGCCAGGGCGAUGCGCCCAGCCACGAGAUCAACGGUGACCAUUUGAAAGUAUGUCCACAAGGUUACACGUGUUGUUCUCAAGAAAUGGAAGAGAAGUACAGUCAGCAGAGUAAACACGACUUCAGAAAUGCUGUAGUGGAAUUUAGCAAUCACUUACAGACAACGUUUAGUUCCCGUUACAAAAAGUUUGAUGAAUUCUUCAAAGAACUGCUUGAAAAUGCCGAGAAAUCCUUGAAUGACAUGUUUUUGCGGACGUAUGGUCGUUUAUACAUGCAGAACUCUGAACUUUUUAAGGAUCUCUUCAUAGAGCUGAAGCGCUACUAUGUGGGGGGAAAUGUAAACCUGGAAGAGAUGCUCAAUGACUUCUGGGCGCGUCUCCUGGAACGUAUGUUUAGAUUAGUGAACCCACAGUACCAUUUCACCGACGAAUACCUCGAAUGCGUGAGCAAGUACACAGAGCAGUUGAAGCCAUUUGGAGACGUACCGCGGAAACUAAAACUACAAGUGACACGAGCAUUUGUGGCUGCCCGCACUUUUGCACAAGGCCUGGCAGUGGCAAGAGAUGUCGUUACCAAAGUGUCUGCGGUAAACCCAACACCUCAGGGUGAGCGAGCGCUGCUGAAGAUGAUGUACUGUCCAUAUUGUCGAGGCCUAGUUACUGUGAGGCCGUGUUACAACUACUGCUUUAAUGUCAUGAGAGGCUGUUUAGCCAAUCAAGGGGAUCUGGACACCGAGUGGAAUAACUUUAUAGAUUCUAUGUUGAUGGUGGCUGAGAGGCUAGAGGGUCCUUUUAAUAUUGAGUCAGUCAUGGACCCAAUCGAUGUGAAAAUUUCGGAUGCAAUCAUGAACAUGCAGGAGAACAGCGUGCAAGUGUCUCAAAAGGUUUUCCAAGGAUGUGGACAGCCUAAAACGCUGACGCAGGGCCGGGCCUCUCGCUCAGUCUCUGAAAGUGGCUUCAGUGCUCGCUUUAGACCCUACAACCCGGAGGAGCGGCCAACUACAGCUGCUGGCACGAGUUUGGAUAGACUGGUUACUGAUGUGAAGGAAAAACUGAAGCAAGCCAAAAAGUUUUGGUCCUCUCUCCCUGGCAACAUCUGUAAUGAUGAGAAGAUGGCUGCCGGGCGUGUCAUUGAGGAUGAGUGUUGGAACGGAAGUGCCAAGAGCAGGUAUGUCUUUGCAGUGACCGGAAAUGGUUUAGCCAAUCAGGUGAAUAAUCCUGAGGUAGAAGUUGACAUUACAAAACCAGAUAUGGUGAUUCGUCAGCAAAUCAUGGCCCUUCGGGUGAUGACCAAUAAAAUGAAGAAUGCUUACAAUGGAAAUGAUGUUGACUUCCUUGAUAUAAGUGAUGAAAGCAGCGGGGAAGGAAGUGGAAGUGGCUGUGAAUUUCAGCAAUGUCCUUCUGAGUUUGAGUUCAAUGUAACCGAAGUUACUGGGAAAACUAACAAGAUUGAUAAAAACACAAACACUUCUGCUGCUGCCAGUAUUGGUCUAUCCCAAGCAACUUUGUUCUUUAGCAUCUUAUUCUUGGCCAUGCAAAGACAAUGGAGAUAA